CUCAAAGUGGAGCAAUACGGAUAUCUGCAACUUUGGAUUACGGCCGACAAAAAUAUAUAAGCGCUCCCUCAGACCUGCAUGGCCUCUACAAGCGCCGCCAAAGACCUCCCACCUCCGAGACGCCGGGGGUCCAGGUCAGAGAGAGGCUGACGCCAAGAGAGCGGGGAACCCUUCGCUUCCCCAACACCGUCCCAUUCACACCUGCGCCCUGUGGGGAGCCUGAGGCCCAUGGAAGUCCUGAAGGUAGGCCUGUUCGUGUGCAGUCCCACCUGGAAGGUCCGAACAAGUACCACAUCCAGCCGGCUCAGAGGCAGCAGGUGAGGCAGUACCUGUCCUCCGGUCUGGGCGGGAAAGCCGGCAGCCAGCCGCCCGACCACAGCAUGCCGCCCGGGGCCGCCGGCAGCGCCCCCAACAGCCCCAUGGCCCUGCUCACCCUGGGCACCAACUGCGAAAAAGAAAUGGAUGACGUCAUCGACGACAUCAUCAGCCUGGAGUCGAGUUACACCGAAGACGUCCUGGGACUGAUGGACCCAGCUCUUCAAAUCAACAACCAGCUGCCGCUGUCUGGUAGUUUACUGGACGUGUACAACAACCCGGGGCUUCCGCUGCCGGGCAUCGCCAUCGGCAACGCCUGCGCACCCAACAUCAAAAGGGAAUUCACAGGUCCAGGCAUGAAGCAGGUUCUGGACAAGUCGGGAUCCUGUGGCCAGUUUGAAAGCUAUCAGAGGCCAGACGGCUUUCCAGUAGAGGCGGAAGUUCGCGCUCUGGCCAAAGAGAGGCAGAAGAAGGACAAUCACAACCUGAUCGAGCGAAGGCGGAGGUUCAACAUCAACGAUCGCAUCAAGGAGCUGGGAACCUUAAUACCCAAGUCGAAUGACCCAGACAUGCGCUGGAAUAAGGGCACCAUUCUGAAGGCCUCUGUGGAUUACAUCAGGAGGCUGCAGCGGGAGCAGGAGAGGGCCAAGGAGCUGGACUGCAGGCAGAGGAAGCUGGAGCACGCCAACCGCCACCUGGUGCUGCGCAUACAGGAGCUGGAGAUCCAGGCUCGGGCUCACGGUCUCACCGUCGUGUCGUCCCCGUCGCUCUGCACGUCCGAGCUGAUGGCGCGGGCCAUCAAGCAGGAGCCCGUCCUGGGCGACUGUCCGUCCGAGCUCUACCAGCACAGCUGCACCCCGGACAUGUCCCCUCCGACCACGCUGGACCUCAACAACGGCACCAUCACCUUCGACCACAUGCCCGCCGACGCCGGCGACUCGGCCCACUACGGGAACUCCAGGACGUGUAAAAUGAAGGAGCUGGUCAGGGACAACGGCCUGGGGCCGGUUUCGCCCAGCGACCCGCUGCUGUCCUCCAUGUCCCCCGAAGUUUCCCACCCCGCCAGCAGCCGCCACAGCUCCAGCUCCAGCUCCAGCAUGGAGGAGAAAGACCAUGGAUGUUAGCCCCACGCCACAACCAGCGGCUGAGCGGGCGAAGGAACUCAGAGGUUGUUUUCUUUUCAAAGGAGAUUUUGUAAAAACAAAAGAAACGUUUUUCAAUUAUUGCUGAUUGAUUAUUACUUUGAGCCAAGACUCUUCAGACCUUCUCUCCGUGUUUUUCAUAAACUUCUCAGAAAUACUUGACAAACACCCGACAUACAAAACCUUGAAAACCUUGACGCAGCCUGUUUAAUAUUUGUUGUUGUGUAUUUUACAUUUCAUCAGAAACUGGAUCUGCCCCCCCAAAAAAGUGCAUUAUGAAAACGCCAUGUUGUUGAAAUUAUAAGAAAGAGCAGAAAUAUGAGUUUGAAACAUGUUUCAUCUCAACAAUUGCCCCAUAUUUAGGAAAUAAACAGCCAAUCCAAUAAUAAUAAUUUUUUAAAAAAAGUUUAUGUAGCAUUUAUUUAUUGUAAAAUUGUGUCUUUUUUC